UGAAGGCCCUCUCUUUUUCAGGCUCAGAGAGAGGAUGUGACGAUGUCACCGUGUGUCAUCUGAGGAACGAGGAUUAGGGCCCGGUCCACCAUCUCUGAGCCUGGAGCCUAAUUCCCUGCCUUUCUUCCAGAUUCCUCUCCCGUAGACCUAGGGUCCUGUGAAUGAUGGGGACGGGCUCCCUAAUUCAGUUUGCUUUUGUCUUUUAGCUGCUGGGAUGUCCCCAGAGCAGGUACCACAGUCCCUGGAGGGCGAGCUCUGCUAUGCCAACCUGACUCUGCAGACCAAGACCCCCCGAGGCUCCUCCAGGAAAAAGGCCUCCACGAAAUCCUCUUCCGCCCAGGACGACCAGGCAGAAGUAGAGUAUGUCACUAUGGCUCCGUUACCGAGUGAGGAGGUGUCCUAUGCGUCCCUGACUCUGGACGUCUUGGAUCAGGAGCCGACCUAUGGCAACACCAGCUACCUCGUCACCUGCGUUCCCAAUGUGAGCUCCGAGGAGCCCACGGAGUACAGCACCAUCAGGAAGUCUUAGCUUGUCCUUCGGGCUCUCCUCUCGGACCCCACUCAAAGCCCGUGACCACCGUCCUGCCUUGUCUGCUUUCUGCCCUGGUCCUCUCACCAGGACUGACCAGUGGCUGACCAGCUGACACCGCAAAUCGGUAGCUCGUUAGCGUCUUC